AUGUCCAAGAUUCGCGACGAUGCUCUAUCAAUGAUUUGGUAUGGAGGACGCCUUUCACAACAAUAUGUUGUUGAUAAUUAUGUAAAAAUUGAAACACACAAGCUUAGGUGGUUUGAGCACAAUCAAGAUUCUAUUAGGGCAGAUCUGUACCAAGGCCUACAAGAUGCUUUCCAUGAAGGAGAGAGUGAUACUGGAAAUGUUGGACAUAGAACCAUUCUACCUUCAUCAUUUGUGGGAAGCCCACGCGAUAUGAUCCAACGAUUUCAAGAUGCAAUGUCAUUGGUUCAAAAGUUUGGGAAACCAGAUUUAUUCAUCACAAUGACGUGUAAUCCAGGAUGGGAAGAAAUCCAAAAUGAGCUUUUACCCGCACAAACCGCACAUGAUCGUCCAGACUUGCUUGCAAGAGUUUUCAAAUCAAAAUUUGAAGAAUUGAAAGAUGAUAUUGUGGUUAAAGGGGUUCUCGGAAGAGUUAUUGUAUAUGUGCAAGUCUUUGAGUUCCAAAAAAGGGGUUUACCACAUGCCCACAUGCUUAUAAUUCUCGAUGAAGAUGAUAAAUUGCAUAAUCCAGAGGAUUACGAUCGAGUUGUUAAAGCAGAAAUACCGUGUAAGGAGGAACAACCUCAGUUACAUAAAGCUGUACUGAAACAUAUGAUACAUGGUCCUUGCGGAGUACAAAAUCCAAGAUCACCAUGUAUGAAAAAUGGGCGAUGUAAAAAAGGAUACCCAAAGCCUUUCUCGCCAGAAACCUACCAAGGCAAUGACUCAUAUCCUGUUUACAAACGAUAUGAUACUAAUAAUCCCGUGCCAUUGAAUGAUCAUUGCAGGAUUAUGGUAGACAAUACUCGUGUCUCUAUGAAAGUUAGACCAGGCCCAAAUUAUGAUGAGGUCGAACAGUACGUUGAUGCAAGAUGGGUAUGUGCUCCAGAGGCAUGUUGGAAGAUAUUUUCUUUCCCUAUGUAUCGAAUGUACCCUGCCAUUUUUCGUUUGCAAAUUCAUCUUCCAGAUAGACAACAGGUACAUUUUAGACCACAUGAACCAAUUGCUAAUGAUUUGGAGCGAAGUAAAAAGACAAUGCUCACUGAAUUUUUUUAUAUGAAUAUGAUUGAUCAUGAUGCACGAAAUUAUCUAUAUAGAGAGUUCCCUGAGCAUUAUUGUUGGGAUUAUAAAAACAAAACAUGGACACAAAGAAGAUCUCAUAAAAAAGUAGUGGGCAGGGUAUAUACUGUUUCACCAUUUGAUGGAGAGAAGUUCAAUUUGUGUGUUCUUCUUAAUCAUGUCAAGGGGCCAACAGGAUUUGACGAUUUAUUGACUGUGAAUGGGAUAACCUAUCCAACUUUUAAACAAGCAGCUCAACAUAGGGGUUUACUAGAGAAUGAUAACAGCAUAUGA